GUGACCUCCCUUCGGCUGUUAGACCGUUCGCUGGAAUGUUUGACAGUCACUUUAAUACCUUUUUUUUUUAUCGGAACGAUGAAUCUGUAUAAUCUAGUAAAAUUAUUCUGGUGCUGUGCUUUGUAAUAAUAAAUAUUCGAAAGUUUGGUCUGUGUAGUCAGGUAAAACAAUAUGGCCGUCCUUGGUUUCACUUCGUCUCUUGCGUAUGAAGGAAAGUUUCCUGGCUUGGCAUUCUCCCUCCGACGUGCUUUUCUCACAAUUCAUGAUUAAUCAUUAUCAAAAAUAUUCUUUCAAACUUCAAUUUCUGUGAUUUUCCUUAACUUUUGCGUGUAAGUCAAUGCAAAAUAAGAGGUUGAUGAACAGUGAAGUAUAAAAUGUAUCAGAACCAGCAUGCUGAUACCAAGUCGCCAGUCAAGUCUCAAACUCCCUCCGUGACCUCGUGUGUAGAGAAGCCACAACACUUAAAGGAUAUUCGUGUGCUUGGGAGAAAGGAUGCUGAACCGAACUUAAGUGUAACUGAACUAGAGCUGCUAACGGCAGUAAGCAGUCAUGAUUUGUCUACUGCCAGCAGUAUAGCUGACGACUGCGGUAGUGUUAGCCCCGGCAGAUUGAGAAGAAAAGAAGUAUUAUUGCAGGCUUCGCUUACUUCAAGUGAGUUUAAGACACAGCCAGAAAAUCAAAGACGUAGCAGACCAGUGAAAUCAUAUGAGGCUGAAUCUUUCUUGCGAGUGGAUGCAACUGCUCAUGGAAAGAAAAUAAGUUUGCAACAUGAUGAUGCACCAAACAAUAAAGAAAAGCAGCGGAGGUGGUGUGUAAGAGCAGGCUUGGAGGCAAGACAGACACCAGCAUAUUGUGAGUCUCAUGCUUCAGCAUUCUGCAGACCCUACAGUUCACCUACUCCAUCUUUGGGGAGUAGAAGCAGAGAUCAAAGGUCACCAUCAAACAUGUAUGUCUUUCUAAACCCAAACAUUCAUGUUAAAACGCCAUUUAAACACAACAUUCACAAGCCUCGAGAUGCAGAGAAGACCAAACUGAAGUCACCCUCACAAAACUUGAAGGAGCUGACAGCAGCAGCCACAUACCAUGUCAGCCGCAUUUUAGCUGCAUACUCUGGGAAUGAACCUGUACAGCCAACUGGACAUCUGCUGAAAGGAAGAUUGAAGCCGAUGUAUCCUGUUGUUGUAACAGGUCCAAAAAUAGAACAUUGUAGGGGAAUUUUAUCAGAAACUCGGUCCUACUUUCCAAGUGCCAGCCGAACUUUCCAACGUAGAAGGCAGAUAAUGAUGCAGUUGAAAUCUGGAGACAGACACUUUUCCUCACUCUCCCUUUGUCAACAAAAAGGCUAUGAUUCUGUCCAUCGAGUUUCAGCAGCCUCUAGUGCUGAGGAUUGGGUCAGCAACAGUGGAGAAGAAAAAGAGUCUGUAGAAGAUGAUGGGGAUGCUGAGAUUGAGAUAAAUGAGAAGGAGACAUGUGAAAUCAUGUUGAAGCAAUUGUGAGUAGAAACAUUAGAGUUGAGACAAGACCUGCAGUCACAUUGCAUCGUUGCAUCAGGCAUUGUACUGAUGAAACAUUUGAUCAUUGAACUGACGAUACAUUCUAUUAUUGGCUCAAGUGCUUACAAGGCCAGUUCUACCAUUAGGUGAAGUGGUAGGCAGUUGCAGAGGGUGAAAGCACUAAGAAUAACCUGGUAGUUAGAGCACUGUCCAGUUCUAAAGGCAGCAAAUGCCCCACUCAAGCUAAUUGUUGAAUGUGCCCCAGAUUCCUGUCGGGGUUGGGAGGGUAAGACAAGGAGGGAUAAGAGAUUGGCACCUCCCUCGUAAAACAGUUAGCUCCAAAAAGGUGCGGUGUCUGGCAUCUCACCCUUUACCCAACAACAAAACAAUUAGAGGGCUACUUUUCCAAGCACUAUACUGCCCUCAGAGAUCGAAAAAAUUGUUUAAAAAUGAGUUGGGGAGAAGACAGUGUUGUAUUACCAAGACUAGUACUGAUGCAUAAUGAAGAGAUUGUAUAUUUAAAUUUGAGGAGCAAACAAAGAAAAUUUGUUGGAUUUGUUAUCAUGAGUCAGGCACCUCUCCUGCCCUGACAGCAAAUGGUUUCAUAAAUCUUGUUUUGUCUUUGUAUCAAGCCAAUCACUUAUAAUGAUAAAAUCUACCUCCCCCACCCCGCCCACCCUAUUCUGCCAAGAAUUGUAUUAAAGUAAAUAGAUACGGUUUAUAGCCAGGAACUCCACAGCUUGAGCUGUAAACCGCUCUAGUGUAUGGUUGUGAACUCAUAUAGCGCCCACUGUCACUGAGCCCACAUGCAGCUUUGCUUCAUCUGUGAAGACUGGUAGUGGAGUCACACAAUGAAGCCUCCAGGCUGGUGCUGUAGUGUCAAUGCAUGCUCUGCUCUGGAUGGGCAGAAAGUAGCUACAGUCAAGGGACGAAGCUGUUAGGUCAUUGCUGCAGCAUUGACAUCCUUUGAAUGGGGCAAAAAAGUUCAAAGGAUCGGACACCACCUCAAGGAGUAAAAGGUUGAGGUUGUUUAACACAGAGUAAUCACCACCUGUGGGUGGGAUUGGGGAUACGAACUCUUACUGUACCUAACAGUACGAAGUAUUAUAAAAUAAUUUACUUACUAAUGUAUGAUUUUACUUUUUUUUUUAGUAAAGGAAAAUGUGUCUCAACAAACCAAUUUACAUCAACUGAACAAAAUAAAAGUAAAAAUGUUCAUACUGGCUUGCCUGGCACAGUCUCCUGUGCGACAAGGGUGUCUCUUCUCUUCAGAAAAAAUUCCAACUGGACUCCCCUUUCACACAGUCAUCCCUUAACUGGCACGUGUCACUGGGGGAGCAAUUGGAUAGCUGUGGCAGUGGACAGGGUUUGCCACUCUUGCCUAUUGUGAGCGAUAGUCAGCAGGUCCUGUACAGGACGACCAGUCUAGUCUUUGAUGUUCAUGUCAGUUCUUUCUCUGGGCACCAUGAUGUCGGCC